UGGAGGAGGAGUGAGAAACAAAAUUGCAGGAUUUAAUAGAGCGUAGCUAUGUUCUUUGUGUAGAUAUGCACUUUUUCUUUCAAUUUUCUUUUACUUUUUUCAACCAAAAAUAUUUCAUCAUUUUAGGUUUUGUGACAACGAAAGCCAGUAAACUUUAGUUUCGAUUUCUGCAUUUAGAAACUAAGGUGCCAUUUGUACUACACGGAUGGGUUUGUGUUAAAAUUUACAGCCAUAUAAUUUUUUUUAUGUUUGUGUGUUUCUCUGUCUAUACUUACAGUGCUUAUAUUUUGUCUAAACGUAUUAGACAAUAUGAGUCUGAAGGAAGAGCCUGAAAGCGAAUCCAAAAGAAAGAGAUCAGAAUCACCCGAGUUCACAUCCACAAUACAUGAACACACAGACCUCAGCAAAGAAAGUGAUCAUGAACACAAAAAUAAAAGAACAAAGUCAGAGAGAGCGCAUUCUCCUGCCCCCAGCUAUAGGUCAGAUUUUUCAAUGGAUCCACCAACUAACUUCAAAAGCGGAGAAACAUUUGGUUUGGAUUUAAGUGAAUCCAAAAAAUGGACAUGUGAACUCCCAACAAUGAAACAAGACCAGGUGGUAAUAAUCCACUUAAGCGAAGAACCAAGUGAUGAACACAAAAAUACAAGAGUAAAGUCAGAAAGAGCAGCUUCUCCUGCACCCAGCUAUAUGUCUUUAAGAACAGAUUUGUCAAUUGAUCCACCAACCAACUUCAAAGAUUUUCUUUUGGAUACAAGUAUUAAAAAAGAAAGAGAAACAAUAACCGUUUCAACAAACAACCAAAUGGACAACACAUUCAUGACAAGAUCAGAGAGAGCCCCUUCUCCUACACUGUCUCUAUGGUCAGAUUGGUCAGUUGGACCAUCAGCUAACUGGAAAACUGAAGAACCUUUCCUUUCCACUUCAAGCCUUCAUCACUUUAGAUGUCCACUAUGCAAAUCAAUGUUAAAGGAUCCAGUGUCCAUCUCGUGUGGACACAAUUACUGCAGAGGAUGCAUUAAUGAAUUCUGGGACAAUUGUGCUGGAGAUUAUGUCUGUCCACAGUGUGGUAAUCCAUCAGAAACCCGUCCGGUGCUGAACACAAACGCAGCUCUAGAUGAGGUGGUUAAAAGCCUGCAGCAAGCAAGCUUCAGUCCAGCACUUCCACCACAAUCCUAUGCUGGACCGGAAGAUGUGGCCUGUGAUUUCUGCACUGAGGAGAGAUUGAAAGCUGUGAAGUGUUGUUCAACCUGUGUCGUGUCCCUCUGUGAGACUCACGUCAAGCCACAUUACACAAUAGCAGCACUACAGAAACACACACUGUCAGACGUGACUGGAGACAUGAAGACGAGACCCUCAGAGCAGCACCAGAACACAGAUAACAGCUUCAGCAGCACUGUCAGUGGACAACAGGAUCAGACAGAUAAAACUCAAGACGUUAUAGAGGAGGAAGUCAGUAUUUCAGAAUCUGCGUUAAGUGUCUGCACAUCAGAGAUGGAAGCUAAUAAAGACACUGAUGUUAGAAGUCUUGCCCUCUUGUGCUCUAAACUACAGCAAGAUGUUGCAGGCUUAAAAAAAAGCCUCUGCAAUUUAAAGGAGAAAAAUACAAAGAAAGAAAGAUAUUUUGAUGAGGAUGAAGAGUAUUAUGGAGAGGAAAAUGAAGAAGAAGAUGAUGAUGAUGAUCAUCAUGAUUAUGAUGAUGAAUAUUCUGAUGCAGAAAACGAUGAGGAAGAGGAGGGGGAUGAAGAUUCUUUUAAUGAUGCAGAAGGGUACACAGAUGAGGAGGAGGAGAAGGAAGAUAGUGACGACGAUGAGGAAGACAACAUAGACGAUUAUAAUGAAGACUAUGAUGAUGUGGACUACAAAUACUCUGAAGACUGUGAUGAUGAGGAAGAUAGUUCUGAGGAUGAGGAUUAUUAAGUGUCAAUUAACUAUUACGAUUGUUAUACACUCUCUGUGCAUUUUCAUAGUU